UCGGGGGUCGAAGUGACGGCUACAUCGGUCGGUUGGUUUUCCUCAGAUAUCACGGUAUCCCGGCGGCGCUUUCACCCCUUCGCGACAGCAAUUCGUGCCCGUCCCUGAUAUAUACUCCGGUCACGCGAGAUCCGCCGUGGUGCAUCCGGCGUCGAGAUCGGACGUCAACGCGGUGUAGUGUCAAGGAGGGUGGUAGUUAGGUCCGACCGAGGGGGGGUAGCUUAUCGAAGGAAGAAACGUGCGGGGGGGUGGCCACUUCAUUCUCGGUCUGAUUCUCCGACUCUGUCCCUCUUGUCUCGGAUUUUUCGUCGUUUCUUUUCGGGGGAGGAGGAGAGGGUGGUUGUGCGUCGAGGGGUUGCAACCCCGGUCGCGACGAGCGGCAACGGUUCAUCCGGUGCGCGACUCGCGACGAAACUUGAGAAUUACUUCGGCGUGUCCGAUAAAUUGGCGUUUAUCGGGAAACGAUUCUCCUGACCCGGCAAAGUUUGAAGAAAUACGCCGGGGGACGGGGGUGCCGACGCGGCUCGCCGGGAAGAUGGAGAGGGGGCGGUAGGUGAUGCCUGUGAAGCUACGUGCGGGAGGAAUCCCCUACAAUAGCGCUCGACCCGCCGCGACGAAGGAACGAUGAUCCCGCGCGACUUACCUAGUCCAGUGUUGUGGCGAUGAUCGAGGAUCAUUGCUCAGUGAUCGGUCGGAAAAAGUGCGAUUUCCACGGAAUAAUUCCCGAGGAUGAUUCCAACUUGUUUGCGUCUACAAGUGUCCGACUGGGAAGCCGCGGGGAAAUUGGCAGUAGUGCGAAUUUAACUUAACCGGGUUAAUUGAAAGUUGAAGCUGUUGACUUAACACGAAUAGCGUCGUAUCCCCGGAUCCCCGGGAUGAUUUGCGCUUCUCCCUUGCGCUGAAGAAAUACUGGAGGGCUUCAAUAUAAGAGGCUGCCGAGCGCAUAAACUUCUUGGAUGCCUUUUAUUUCAACGACAACGGCGUGCGUGUCUUUGUGCGCGUUCUUUUAAGCAUCAAGUAGCAACCGAAGUAGCUGAAGGAUGUCCAAUUUCACUUCCAAUUUACCAAGCGCAACUCUCAAGCUCCAUAAUACAAAUAACAGAUCUACGCUGUAUUUUAUGUCUUUUUAAGGGUUGAAGAUUAGAGCGAGUCCCGUGAAUUUCUCCAACAGUGGUGUCGUUUCUUCCAUUUGAAUUAGCUUUAAAGAAAAAAUCGUUUGCCGUAUGAAUGGCCUCGGCGAACUGUUCCAUUUGAUUCGAUUGAAAGAUUAGCUCGAUGAAUCACGAGAUAAGAGUUGGUUGCGAAUCAGUUCUGAUCCGUCCAAAAGAAUCUUGAGUGAGAGAACUUGGGAAAUUAUUUUCCUCCUGCGUUACUUCCCUUGCCUGUCGGGAUGAAACGAGCGAGUAAACAUACGAAGGGCGGCUUUCUCCUGGGCGUGAUUAGAGCCGGUGCAUUCUAUCUCUUUCGAUACAUUAAGCACGCCAUCAGGAACGAGAUUGUCUUCGUGUGAGAGAUAAGGCACGCGUGAAACUCCUCUAAGCGUCAGCAUACGUGAGUGGGAAAUCGUCAAGACGAGGUCGCUUGCAUGGAAAUUUCGAUGAAGAGGAUCUUGUUUCUAGCUACAAGUUUCAGCCUGAAUGUCAUAAUGUUAGUUUACUGCGAAAAAGUGUGAACCUACUCUCGCGACGAAUAUGCAUAAAUGAAUAUUCCGCUAAUUGUUGAGCGUUGAAAAGGUAAACUUGCGGCGACUUCUCGUACGCGUAGAGAGCUUUUAUUGUUCAGCGAAACUGCAAGACAGCAAGUCGAAAGAUCGUUAACCUGCUAAUGGAGGUAACGGUGACCAACUUUAGAAGACGACAAUGAUUGUAAUGGGAAUAUUGAACAUGCCAAUCCUCGUUGUCGACGGACUGUUUAAACUUCUUCAACGAUUCUAGUCAGAUACCCGGCUUGGUGCGCGACUAAAAAUAUUCAAUACAGGACAACUAUAACCGGCACAACUACUCCAAGUAAUUGGAUGCAAAGAAGAUCUGACUCUGGAUAUUGAUCGCUCCGUUAAUUUGCAGUCUUCCUUAGAUCAGUUGCAUCAAAAUAGAUAGUUAAAAAUGAUCCGCGUGUUCUAAUAUCUGUUUCAAUAAUUUGACUAAAACAAGAAAUCAAGAAUAUUGCUAUUUCUGAAGAUUAAUGUGUUAGAAGGAUCAUGAAAAAUUUGUUUUAUCUUGUUAGUCCUGCGCUCCAGGAUUAUCAUGAAUCAUGCAUAAAAAUGUAUGAUUACGAUAGAUCUAGGAAGGUCUGAUUGAAGACAAUAGUUCUUCUGAACGAUAAUCUUACAUCUUCAAUCUUAGGGAGAGUUAGCCAAAGGAAGAACUGUCGAAAGGCAACGCACGCGGCAAGUCAAUUUUCCUGGUCAGAGCCAACUCCUAUACGUUACUUAAGUCGAGAAAGGUCUAACAGUCAUCAGAUCCAGACCUUAGGAGAAGAUUGAUGCAUCCGGGAGGUGGGCAGGCCUCCGAGAGCCGCGAGAUGGAUCGGCGCGCGUACAUCCGCACUUCCGGCGGCGGUUAAAGCGGAAAUACUCACGGCGGGAACCAGGAUAGGCGGUAUGAGAGGCGCCGAAGCGACGAACAAGUGAUCGGCGGUGGUGACGCCGAAGACGUCGGUGAUCGCGUCAAGAUGACGUCGCCGAUCCUGGCGCUACUCGGUCUGAUCGUGACGGUCGGCGGCGCCGAGCUGAGUUCGCGGAUUGUCAGGACUAAAUACGGCGAGUUGUCGGGCGUGAUCGUUACCCUCGAUCGAUAUCUCGAGGGCGUCGAGGUGUUUCGCGGUGUACCCUACGCCUCGCCGCCGAUCGGCUCGUUGCGCUUUAUGCCUCCCGUAAGUGGCGCCCUUUGGCACGGCGUGAAGGUUGCCGACAAAUUCGGACCCGUCUGUCCGCAAAAGCUACCCGAACUGAGCGACAAAAUGCCCAAGGGCAGGGUAGAAUACCUCAAGAGGUUGUUGCCCUAUUUGAAAAACCAGAGUGAGGAUUGCCUGUACCUCAACAUUUACGCACCGGUUCAAGCUGGCGCGAGGGAUGGCGGCGGCAGGAGAUAUCCUGUGAUCGUGUUCGUGCAUGGCGAGAGCUAUGAAUGGAGCAGUGGAAAUCCCUACGAUGGCAGCGUCCUGGCGAGCUAUGGAAGCGUCGUCGUCGUCACCAUCAACUAUAGACUCGGCAUCUUAGGCUUUCUAAACGCCAACACAGACUCGCACUUACGCUCGCCAGCGAAUUACGGUCUGAUGGACCAGAUCGCGGCGUUACAUUGGGUAAAGGAGAACAUUGCCUAUUUUGGGGGUGAUCCUGAUAAUGUUACGUUGGUGGGACACGGCACCGGCGCUGCUUGCGUGAACUUCCUGAUGACCAGUCACGCGGUUCCUGAUGGUCUACUGUUUCAUCGGGGCGUCCUGAUGUCGGGCAGUGCACUUUCACCCUGGGCGUUGGUGAGAGGCGCCGCCAAUUACGCCAUGCAGGUCGCCAAACACCUAAAUUGUUCGUCGAUGGCGGGCGAUCCUCAGGCCCUGCUAAAGUGCCUAAGGGAUGUGUCCUUGAACGAUUUGAUGUCGGUGCCUGUUAAAGGACUGGAGUUCGCGCCAGCUUUUGGCCCUAGCAUAGACGGCGUCGUGAUCGAUCCUGGCGAUCCCGAUGAUCAAGACUAUACCUUGCAAGUCGACACGAUCAAUACGCUCAACAACAUUCUCCUGAGGAAAGAUGUCGUAGCGAAACUGUCGAGGUACGAUCUGAUGGUGGGUGUUGUUCGCUCGGAGGCGUAUUUUUCGUUAACUGCCGACGAUGCUCAGUACGGAAUCGAGGCUGACAGGAGGAUGAAGAUCCUGCGCGAAUUCGUGCGGAAUACGUACACGUAUCAUCAGCCAGAGAUCCUGGCAACCAUAAUAAACGAGUAUACGGAUUGGGAGCGACCUGUGCAGCAUCCCGUUAAUAUUAGAGACGAGACCUUGGAAGCCUUAGGAGACGCGAAUACGGUCGCUCCGGCAACCAGAACUGCGGAUCUUCACAGCCAAUCUCACAGGAACUCUUAUCUGUACGUCUUCGACUAUCAAACGAAAUUCGGAGACUAUCCUCAGAGGCCGGGUUGCAUUCAUGGGGAGGAGCUGCCAUAUUUUUUCGGAGCACCCCUAGUCGGUGGUUUGUCUCAUUGGCCAAAGAACUAUACCAGAGCUGAGAUAGCGCUCUCCGAGAGCGUGAUACUCUAUCUAACAAACUUUGCACGCACCGGGAAUCCGAACGAGGGCACUCCCGAUCCUGGUGCUUUCGGUUCCAGGCCGGAAAGGACCAAGUUCAAGAAUAUCGAUUGGACCGCCUAUGAGGCCGUCCAUAAGAAAUAUCUUAGCAUAGAGAUCAAGUCGAAGUUGAAGAACCACUACAGGGCACAUCGUCUCUCUUUCUGGCUGAACCUGGUGCCUGACCUACAUAAACCCGGCUCGGAUGACGUUCCUAGAUCGCAUCACCUCCUCGACGCCGAACAGGUACCACCUAGGUUCAUCCAAAGGCUGCCAACAACCGCGAGGACCACCACGUUGGAGGUGACCUCCAUGGAGAAAUCCUCGUCUAACGUGUCAACGGCUGUUCCCAGCGAAUUGGCGUUCGAGGAUACCACAGCGCAACCCGAGGACGGCUUCGCGGCGUACUCGACCGCCCUGAGCGUGACGAUCGCGAUCGGCUGCAGCUUGCUGAUCCUGAACGUGCUGAUCUUCGCCGGGGUGUAUUACCAGCGCGACAAGAGCAACCACCAGCACCAGGGCUGCUCGAAGAAGCGUCAGGAGAACGGCCAGAUGCCAAACAACAUUUGCGGCGAGUUGGAGACCAAGACUGUCGAGCGCCAUCACAUCCAGCACAUACCGCCACCGGAGUUCGCCGAUCUCCAGAACAAUACCUGCCACGUGCCUAUGCCGCCCCCACCGCCGAAGAACACGAAGCCUGGCAAGCCCGGCCAGAACCUCAUUAUCAGCCCCAAUCAACUCCAGCAGGAGAGCCUAGCGAUGAGCGGCGCCGGGACCCUGAAGAAGGGUCACAAUCAUCCCCAGGUCAUGGAGGAGCUGAGGGUCUGACUUUAGGAGCCUCCGCGGCCGCCCAAGUAACAGGCCGCGAGUAGAUUAUGCUCCUGAAAUCACCAGGACGCUCAGAGAGCGUCUCGAGAUAACGUUCUCUGUAGACAAUCUGGCCGUGAAUGUGUCAUCAAAAUCCAAGAAGAUCCAUUUCACCACGCAAGAUAUCACCACGCAGCUAGAUAUCGAACUUUAUCUGACAAAGAGACCUUCAGAUCAGGCUUCUGAAAAUAUUGAGAAUCCGAAGAAAGCACUGCGCGAGAAGUAACGUUCUUCAUUAUCGGUCUGAUCGUGACCUUGUGGCAUUGGAACUUCGAAGAAGGAACGACGAGGAUUCUGAAACGAAGUCUACAGUCAAAACGGGAAACCACUUCGGAACUAUGUUUUCCGUGACACUUGACAGCGAAUGACUUCUUUCGGAGCAAUUGUGACAUUGUUGAUAGAUAGGAAGUGUCAAUGGACGAUGGUGCAUGGGAGGAAAGUCUGUU